AUGGCAGAACACCAUGCCAUUCUCGAACCCCCAGGACUAUUGGGUCGCCUUGAAAAAUGCCUACCGCGCCUCGAGAACGCUGUCACCCUUGGGCUACGGUCUUACGAGACAAUUUCCCUCUUGAAUAUAACGAGGAACACCGACUUGACUUGUCUGGGCUUACGUGAAUUGAAGAGUCAUUUCAGCUUCAAGAAUCUCCCAAUGUUUCGUCAGAGCGUCUCCUACAUGCCCUACAGUUUGGUAUUUUCACAACUACUUAACGCCAUAAUCAAAUCCAGUCGAAAGGUUCAAGCCCUCCACACAUGCAGCCAUAGCUUUUGCGGCAUGAAGUUGGAACCCUUUCAACUGCCAGAGUCACAGUAUCAAUCACUGCUUCCACUCCUGAAGGAUUUGACAACUCUACAUAUGUGCAUUCGCCUCAAAGAUCACGAACAAGAAAACUUCGAUGAAGACACCUUUAAACGUCUUCUCAAUAUCAUGGUCACAGCUGCACCGAUAUUGAAGAUUCUGAACUUUGCUCAAUGGAGCCCCAUAGAAGAGCUAUCCCCUCUCUACUUCAAGGAUGUUUCUCGGAGAAUUCAAUUCACCCAGUUACAGGAACUUCAUCUUCACUCAAUUGAGGUGACAGUGGAUAGCCUCGAAAAAUUUCUACGGACAGCAGCCCCAACGUUGAAACGACUCAGUCUGAGACUGGUCAGUUUAGUUGAUAGGAUAACAUCUGCAUCAGAUCUAGGACCCCUGACUCAAGACAGCCGGAGUUGGGUCACUUCAAUGUCCACGGAAGUCAAAAACGAGAUGCAGGGGCUCUGGAAGCGCGUUUUCGAAUUCUGGGCAGAUCGCCUCAACCCGCAAUACGUUGAACUGUCCAUACUUGGGUACCGGGGAAGAUCCAUAACAUUGCAUGACAACUUGUAUAUGGAACGUGGACAACGGGAUGCAGAGCCUUUCUCUGGCGUGAAUCCCUCAAGCUUCUAUUUUGACGCUGAGAAGGCUAAUAUACCUUUCAACGAAUGGGUCACGCAGCUUCAGAUAGAGAUGGUGCAUCUGCCAUCUUUUGGCGGACCGUAUGGGACAUACGUUGGUGGACCAAGGCUUCCAGGGACCAGCGAAAUCCAGUUGCAUGACCUAGGCCAGAACCUCAGCAGGCAGGUCCCUGCGGUAUGUAGAAAUCAAUCAAGAACGAACAGAGCAUCUAUAGAUUAA